AUGGUGUUGAGUGUUAGAGAAGACGGUGGAAUGUUGCACUAUGAUAUUAUGGAUGGAAAGAACAAAAGAUUUACUGUGGUGCACAAUGUAAAUGACCAUGAGGCCAAAUGCAGUUGCAAGAUGUUUGAGAUGGUUGGACUGUUGUGUAGACACAUAUUUGUGGUCUUUAGAGACCUUGAAAGGAUCCCUCUGAAGUACGUGGUUAAUCAGUGGACUAAGGAUGCAUCUUUAAAAGCUACAUUUGAAAUAGAUGGUGUGAUUUACGAUCAGAAUGGACCAAAGGAUGAAAAGAAGAUGUUGCUGAACAAAGUGAGGUAUGAUAUACACUGUUGUAUGGAUCUGGCAGGAAAGGAUAAAUUGUCCCCUCAGCACAGCAUGAGGACUAUUAUAGAAUCAUAUCGUGGAUCAACAGAAAUUUCAGAGAUCAACAUACUUCCACCGAAACAGGCAAGGAACAAGGGCAGUGGCAAGCGUAUCAAAAGCAGCAAGGAGUUGGCAAUGAAAAAACAAGAGGGCAGGAAUUGCAAUUUUUGUGGUGUUAGAGGAGAACACCAUGACACAAGGACUUGCCCACUUAACCCCAAAAAUAAGGACAAGCAAAAGGGUAAGAAAAAGGCAUAG